GUAUUCUAAAUGUAACAGUUGGGAGGUAUCAUAGAUCCAGCACUCCAUGUUUAACAUUUAGAUUUAAACAAUUUUAAACUGAUAUUUCCUUUAAGAAAAAAUGUAGAUAUUGGAAUACAUGAUGAUUUUGAACUAUUUACUGAGUAUUUUAAAGAGAUAUUUAUGUUAAUUUGGACUAAGUGACCGUUUUAAGAUGGAUUUUGGAAAUAUUAUACUCGGGACUUUAUUCCUUGGUCAAAUAGUGCUACAGACAUAUGGACAAUAUGCGCAACAAACGGCAAACAAAUGCUUCAGUGUGCCUGGUGUGCCUAAGCUGGACUUUGACGCAUGUAAACCAGGGGACAUGAUCCUCAUUACGACUGCUCUUCAAGGGAUCAGUAGAUCCCCAGGCCAAUGUAGCUACCUUCAGGGUGAUUGCACAGAGCCUGUUACAUCUGAGACAGAUGAAAAACUUCAUAAAGAGUGCAUUGGCAAAGAGUCAUGCAGUAUCACAGUUAGUGUGGCAUGGAUGCCACGGUGUAGCGCAUACAGCAACUAUAACCAAGUCAUGUACUACUGUAUACCAAAAAUAAAUACCCAGAAUAUUUGUGUGAGGGAUGGACGAUUCGGAUUAAAACGUGGCUUCCUGUCAACACCAAAUUACCCAGACUCCUAUACGUCUGACCAGGACUGUCACUGUAAUAUGACUACAGCCCCAGGGAAGAAACUAAAGUUCAAGUUUCCCGAUUCUGCUCUAGAGUGGAGUCACAGUUGUACAAAAGACAAGGUGAAAAUAAUGGAUGGUGGGCAGGCUAUUACCAGGUGUGGAAAACUACCAAGAAUGUAUAACUACACAACAUACAGCAACACUGUAGAAGUUCACUUUAUAUCUGAUAACUGGAAAGAAGAUAAAGGUUUUUGGCUACAAUACGAAGCUGACAGUAACAUUGAGGUAUUUUGUGGGCCAACUAAUUGGGUGCCAACUACUACGACAACAACAACAGAAGCGCCAACCACAACACCCAAGCCUGGCAGCUCUUCUGAGGGUACAUACCUAGGUCCAAGCGACCCAACCAAUGAUAACACAUCUCUAGUUGGAAUCAUCAUUGCUGCUGUGAUUGGCUUCAUCGUCCUUGUUGUACUCAUUGUACUCUUAAUUAGAUUCAGAAGAAAACGUCAUAUGGAAAAAAUUUCUAAAGCACCAGUGGAGCCUGCCCGCCACCCUAAAUUACACAAACACCAUGGGGACAAGCCUCCAGGCUCUCCGGGCGCCCCAGGGGGACCUACCACUCCCAAAGCAAACAAACACAAUGAAGAUGACAAAGACGACAAGCCUUAGACCACUGUUGCUGUGCUUGCUAUAUGUAUACUAAAACAUUAACAGACUGCCAAUUAACAAACGCAAUACUUUGCUCAUGGACUUAAAAAUUGCAUAGUCUUAAAACACAUAGUGAUGUACACAAGGUCAGACUAUAACCUUGUAAUUGAGAAUAGUCAUUCUUUUAGUAGCAUUCUGUAUAGAUGUGUAAUAACACUAGGAGCCUACAGACUAACAAAGGUAUUGCUUAUAAUAAUAACCUAAAGCCUAUAGACUAACAUAGGAGCCUGUCCUUAACAACCCAUUUCCUAAACACUAUAACAACCUUGACUUUGUAUAGUUAUAAAAUAUAUAAAAGCCUUGACUAUGCAGAGUAAUAAAUUAAGUUAAAAUAUAACGUAACGCCUGCAGCCUAACAAAAGGCUUUGACUAUAUAAUAACCCAGUGCCUUCAAAAGUGGCUGCCAAUAUUCUAACAAAUGCCUACAAAGAUAGUGAUGCAGUCCUGUCAUGUAGUCUAAAUACAUUAUAUAUUUACAAUAUGAAAGUCAUAGUUUCAGAGUUUGGUGUAGUAUAAAGGAGAUGAUACAAUUCAAAGAUUCAAUCUGUAUAACUUAAUUAAGAGAGAUGUCGAUUCAAUUCAAUUCAAUUCCUUUUGUAAAUAUAUAUAUAUAUAUACAGUACAGUACAUA